UCUUUGUCUAAAGAAAAAACGUAAAGUUAACGCCUUCUCUAUGCUUUUUAUUGUCAUUCAGUUUAACUACGAGUGUUAAGCUACUUGCCUUGCAAUACUUGAAUGUCUUAGCCUUUAGCUUUCUUUCUUUCUUUUUUUCAUAUCCCCUAUGUUUGAUCCUUUGCUUCCUUGAUCAACUUCGACAUAUGCCUAUUAAAUUACACGAUGAAGAGAAGCCAUGAAAGAGAGAGGCAAAGCUGUGGAAGUAUAUAACAACAACAUUGAUUUCUUCCAAGACUACACUUCCUCGGAUGUUGUUCCAUGUAGGAAACAUCCACAAUGCUCUGCGACCGGUAUAUGUGCGUAUUGUCUCAAGGAUCGUUUGAUCAACUUGGUUUGCUCAGACUGCGGCGAGCAGCGUCUCUCGUCUUGUUCUUGCUCCGAAAUCGCCACCAACCCUCGGAAUUCCUGCGCCGGUGGUGAAGUAGGCAGUGUUGGUCGUGUUUCAUUCUUGACAGAGAAUGAAAACAAGGAUCAAGCUGUUCAAAACCCCAAGGCUAAAAGCAGCAGUAGUAGUAGGAAUAAUAAUACGAAGCCAGACGAUGUUUACUUGCUCAAGAGAAGCAAUAGCAGCUGUGUUGAGAUCAAGAAGAAGAACGGAUUCUGGAGAAUUGGGAGGUUUUUCAAGAAAAAGAGGGGCAAAGAGACUAACUGUGGGAAGAGUGUGUGUGGAGUUGAUGAGAAAAGUGAUUUGUGGGUGGUUGAUUGCAUGGGGGUGUCAAGGUCAAGGUCUCUUCGCAGUUUCAGAGGUGGUGGGUUCUUUGGAUCAGAAGAUGGAAGUGACUUGAUGAACUGUUCGGGUGCUAGGAGCUCCAUUUCGGCCGCUCGGAGUUCCGGUGUUAAUGGUGGUCUGGUUUAUGAUCCUGAGAGGAAAAGUGGGUUCAGUGAAGCAGAACCAAGGAGAAGUGGUUUUGACAGUGAAAGAAGAGACAGUACUUUUAUAGAGUCUGAUAUUGCAGACAUUAGAGCCAUUAGAAAAAGUGGCGCCGGCCUCGGCGUUGGGGGUGGUUUAAUGGAUGUUGAUGGUGGUUUUAGUGGAGCAAACAGAAGGGUGUUUUCUUUGAAAGAGAAUUAUUUCAAUGGUGGAGAUGAUUGGGGCUUCAUUGACCUAAAAUUUGAUUUUCAAGCAGAAUCUAAAGGUGAUAUUCCUCCUAGUAUGAAGAAGAGUGUUUUGUCUGGUUUUGGCAGCAUGAGAGAAGCUGGUGAAUUUAUGCCAUAUAAAUCCAGUGGUUCCAUUGAGAAUGCACUGCCAAUACCUGGAAAUGGAGCCUUAAGCAAUGGGAGUUCAUAUCAGAUGGCAAUGGAUGAAAGUGGAAUCAGAAAGAAGAAUAGAUAUUUCAAAGGAUGGAGGUGGAUUUUCAAAGCUCCAUCAAGAUUGGACCAAUCCAGGGAAGAAAAAUGAAACAUUGAAGCCCCCUCACAGUGUUUGGACUCUGUUUUUCUUUCUUCAUUUACAUAUGUAAUUUUCUUCACAAUACUUUCCCAUUUCUCAACCUUUUGUUUAAGCCUUUCAAGUUGAUCAAAUCUUUUAACAUGAUUUUCAGAAAUGGAUGAUUAAAGAACCGAAAACAGAACCAAAAAUGUUUUGUAUUUAUGAUGAGAUUUAUGAAAUUGCAACUUACAAA